AAAAAAAGUUCUCUCUAUGAACAGGUUCAAUGACUGCAUUCUGAUCCAGUAUGAUGACACUAAAGGAACCAUUGAAGGCCUUUUGAAACUCUUCUGUUUUGCAAAGCAGCGUCAGCUUGAGACAGGAGAGGAGACACUGAGAAUGCUGUCGACGGUAUGCAGCUACUCAAACUUCCCUUUUCAGAGUGGUAACAAAGACGAACAGAGUGAUUUUCUGCUAGAUUUGUACUCCUCUGCAAAGUCGUUUGAACUUGAAUUGGAGGGCCAAAUUCUCCCAUCAUUGUUGACAGUCUUUCAGUCAGCUCAGCCUGCAGCCUGGGUCCUCGACCUCGGUACAGACAAGGCCUCCAUCCUACUUGAGGUGCUGAAACUCCAAACAGAGAAGAAACCAGUUAGACUGAAGGGCUGGCUAGAAACUGAUAAAAGCAAAAUAUGGAGUUUUCUUCGGUGCCUACCAUAUAUUUCACAACUGAGGAUUGUUCCUCAAGAUGAGAGUGAUACAGAGGUGAAGAUGCCUACACUGACUUCUGAGCAACUAAAGAGAUUCUUCCUUUUGCACCUGCUUGAUCAUGGAGAUCUGGACAACACUGAGACAGGACAGAGCUCUGUUGAGGAACUGUUGUCAGUUCUUGGGUUUGCUCAUUCAGAAGACUCUCCAGAAAGGUGCUUGUUUCUGUUAGAUCUGUUCUCACAUGGGAAAGACUACGAGACUCAAACAGGCAGAAAAGUUUGUCAAGCAUUACUUCCUGUUUAUCGGUUAGCCCCCGCAGUCUGGUCCAUAGACCUCUCGGAGAGAAAGGGCUCUCUAAGCUGUAAUGACCAGUUCCAGCUGUCUCUGUGGGGUGCACUCCCUGUCGGCUCAGAAUGGGAUGCACAGCUAGCCUCCUCACUCCUCCAGGCCCUAGACUAUACCAUCACAUUGUCAGGGUGGUUGCCCACUGUAACCUGCAAGGCAGUAGGUGCAGUCCUAGGCCAAUCUGCCCCUGGAGAAAAACUCAACGUCAGUCUCACCCCAGAUAGUAUCUCAUUCCAAGGAGCUGCAUUACUCUUCAAGCAAGUGAAAGAGUUUCACAAACUUAAGGUAAACGAAAUAUCAACAGCGAAGCUGGCCAGAUUGGCAAGGUCAAUGACAUGCCGAAGACCAAUGGUCGUUGAGGAGCUGACUCUUGUCUUCUCUAGGUCAAUUCUAAAAGAAGGGGUGCAGUGUAGAGUGCUCAGUGGUUUAGCUUUACUCCUUAGAGUUUGGACUGUAAGGGUCUUAAAUCUGAUAGACUGUCCAAUCCAGGGGUUCCUUCUCACUACAUUGUUGUGUCAUCAGGGUCCACUCACUAUCAGGCAAGUUUCUAGAUCUUCUUCACACUUGAAAAAAUAUGGACUUUUGUUUUGUGAGGUGUGCUAUUGUUUUGAAAGAUGGGUUUGUGUAUGUUUCCAUGACAGACUGAGUAAGGAGACUCUGCAGCAGCUGGCUGUUGUGGUGUAUGAGGCUCAGGAUGAGGAACUGACCCAAUGCUUUCUGGAAAAGUUGGGUAGUGAUCUGUCUAACUGUACACUGGACUGGGAUGUGCUUCACUACUUGCUGAAGACCACCACACAACCCAUCACCAUCAACCUCAGGAGGAGCAGAAUCAGAGACCAAUACAUACCUUAUCUCCUCCCUUUGCUGGAGAAUGUUCACUUUCAAAGGACAAGCUCCCAGUUUGAAAGGACAGCUCUGAGAGAAAUACAUGAGCAACGUGCUGGUCACUUGGUGAACAGUUUAUUGAAGUCAUCAGAUGACUGGAUCGACCUGAACAACCUGGUUUUGAACCAUGAUGACUGUGAAGCACUUCGUUUUGCCCUGCACUACAGUGACGGUGUCAAACUCAACUUGUUGUUGACCAUCAUUCCAAAGGAGGAAAUGGAGCGCAUUCUGACUCUUCUACACAGAGUCUCUGAGCUCAGGGUAGACAGGAAACUAUUGCUGGAGCUGCUCCAUACCUGUGCAGGAUUGAGAAGGAGGAAAGGAGUGGCACCUGCACUCCUGACACUGCUGCAUCACAAACUGGACCUCUCCUGCUCCUCUGCCAUAGACCUAUUUGGGCAGGAGAAAGAGACUGUUUUGAGCCUCAGUUUUGGAGACUGUAGGGUCAUCUCCGCAGCCAUCCAGGAAGCUGAUGGUGACACAGAGCUGAUCCUAUAUGACUGCCAUGUUGAGGAUGCAGGACUAGAGGAGCUGUUUCAUGUUUUGCACAGGAUUCAUAUGAGCUUUGGAAAACCUCUUCUGCUGCAAAUCCUGCACUUGAUAUUUGUGGAAGAUGGUGACAGGUCAGUGAGGCUUGCUUCAUUACUCUCCAGAGCCCUGGAAAAGAAGGUGGACCUCAGUCAGAGCCCUUUAGACUCGAGGGCCUGUUCAACACUUGCCUUGGUUCUAGAACACUCGGAAGGGCUUUCCGAGCUGGACCUCAGUGACUGCCACCUCACUGACACACACCUGGAUGUGCUGCUCCCACAUCUGCACAAAGUUCAAGUCCUGAAUCUUUGCAAUAAUGAAAUCACCGACAAAGGUGCUGUGAAACUUAACCUAUACAUGAUCGGCAAUAGCUUUACAGAAACUGUAUGGCUCUCCAACAAGAUGAUCACUGAGUUUGACAUCUUAUUGGCGGACAAUCGCUACAAACUGUGGCCAGCUCAUGUGGAGCCUGGGCACGAUCAGCGCGUUACUUCCCUGGGAUCUACCUCUGUGACAAAUGAGACCUCUAAAAAAAAAACCCUCAUUGAAGAAUUUGACCCUGACAAAACAAUAACAGACAAGAUUACCUACAGGUUCCAGUGUGGGUCUCGUGGCAGGUUUCAGUGCAGAGCUACAGGGCUGGUUUUUGGGAUGAGGGGGGCAGGGAUUGUGGAGUACAGUGUGGUCCACUGGGACAGGGAUAUCCUUGCUAACACCAGCUAUGAGCCUGCAGGCCCCUUGUUUCAACUCAGGAGUCCAGAGGGACAUAUGUACCAACUACAUCUACCUCACUGCGAGGUUACGGUGUCUGCAGCUGAGAACCUUCUUGUGGCCCACAUAUGCAGAAAGAACAGGGAGUUCUUAAUACCCAAGGUGACACACUCACACGUGAUUGUAAGCAUUAGUGGGCUUUCAAGUUAUGGAAAAGCUCGUAAAAAACAAUCCAACAGCAACAGUAUCCAAGGACAGGUGCUACUGUUCCUUGAGCCUGAAGCAACUCCAAAAGAGCAAAGGCUCUGGGUGUUCCUGCUGCCCCGAGACAUGCCGCCAGACGAGGUGGAAAAUCAGCACAAAGAGUUCACAUUCAUUAAGACCAGCUCAUCCUGUAUGCUGACACCCACAGCCAAAUAUAGUGUGACUUCUGACCUCAAACAAGGCUUUCUUGUUCAACCCAAAAAAUGCACAUUGCACAUUGCACAUUGCACAUACCAACACGCCACCUUUGAGGUCUUCUUGAACCGUAGUAUCACAGAACUCAAUAUGAAAAUUCUGGAGACAAAGCUAAAGACGCGGAAACGCUGGUGUCGCCGAGUGAUUCUCAACACACCACGGGCAGAUAAUACUGCUCAGGUGAAAAGAUUCACUGAGCAGCAGUGGAUAAAGAACCUGUGUGAAAUACUGGGAGAACUAUCAAAGGACGAAAUUAAGAAGCUUAAGUCAAUGAUGAGGAAUAAGGAACAAAAGCCAAUCGCCAAGAGUGCUCUGGAGGGACGAAAAAGCCCUGAGGAGCUUGCAGAGCUGAUGGUGGAGACCUGGGGGGUGCAUGACUCCAUCAAGGCCACCAAAGAGUUCUUGGAGAGACUGCCACGCAACGACGAUCGAGUGACAUCCUUGCUGCAGCCAUUCUUGUAGCAAUUUGGCAAAGGGUGGGGUGGGAGAUGAUGGAAAUGUGGUGGCUACCUGCAAAAAACUAUGGGAGUAUGUUUUUACAAGGUCCAAAAAAACUCAAGUUUAGUUGAACAAUAUUUUGAGAUUUGAUGUAUAUUUCUAUAUUUUAAAACUUUUUUAACUCACUGAAAUAUGUACAGUAUGACCAACGACAUCUUUGUAGUUCAAUGUAUAUUUAUAUUUUUUUACAUUUUUUUCAACCACCAGAAUAAUAUGUAAAGUAUGACCAAUUACUUUUUCUACCUGUUUGAAUCAUAGCGUUGUCUCAUCCACACAUUCUGAUAUAACCAUGAAUCUAAUCCGUGGCCAAUAAUUUUUCUACCCUUUCACUGUCAUAAUGGUACAAAUCUUUGCCGCAAAUACUAAAACUAGUAUGUAUGAUUAUUGUUAUCCUCAUUUGACAUCAGGAAAGACAAAAAUGCCAAAGCCCUCAUCAUUAGUGUACUUGCUGUUAUUCCCUCUUAAUAGUCACAGUUUGCAUCACAUAGUAACCAAUUCUUGAUAUUAACCAAUUGCCUACACUGCUGUGCUUGAUGUUUUUUAUUUUUUAUUUUAUUAAAUGUGCUUUUCUAUGCAAUAAAGAUUAGGGUACACACUGAGCAAUAACCUACAAUAUUGGUAGGCUUUAACCUAAUAUUUUGUUGAUUAAAUACAUUAUUUAUAUUGCAUUAUUGAACUCUUCUUAUACAAUAAACUGCAGUCAACAGACUGCACUAGCCCAAUAGCAGCUAGCUAGCUGCAAUCCUGAUCGGCUUCCCCUGGCUAACGUCCCUGUCCCGAAGCAAGCACCAACUAGCCUGGAGCUAGCCUAUGCUAGGCCCAUUUCCCGGCAAGCUGAAGAGGUCCAUCAGCCACUCCUUGGGCUACAAUACAUAUUUUGCCAAUUGGCCUGGACCCCUUUUCUUGCCGAUACGGAACCCCGCCGAUCCAUCACGACUAGACUACCGACGUAAUCCUCCCGAGGGGUUUUUCAACAGGCCCCACCGUCGCGGCGUCCCCUGAAUUCCCAUCUGCUAGCCGUCUAGAGCAUACCGGACUGUUAGCUGAGGUGGUCCAUCAGUCAAUUUCUUGGGCUACUAUACCUAUUUUGCCAAUUGGCCUGGACCCUUUUACUACACAGACCCCUGCUGAUCCAUCACGACUGGUCUGCUGACGUAAUCCGCACGAGGGGGCUACAACAGACUUCGUCCGUCGUGACAUCCCUCUAAGGCCCUUCUGCUAGCCUGCUAGCCCCGGCCCGCUAGCUGUCUGAAUCGCCGUGUCUCCAGCCCGUCCAGCUACUCAUUGGACCCUAUGAUCACUCGGCUACGCAUACCUCUCCCUAAUGUCAAUAUGCCUUGUCCAUUUCUGUUUUGGUUAGUGAUUAUUGUCUUAUUUCACUAUAGAGCCUCCAGCCCUGCUUAAUAUGCCUAAGCUAACCCUCUUGUCCCACAUCCCACACAUGCGGUGACCUCACCUGGUUUAAUUGAUGUCUCUAGAGACUAUACCUCUCUCAUCAUCACUCAAUGCCUAGGUUUACCUCCACUGUAUUCACUUCCCACCAUACCUUUGUCUGCACAUUAUGCAUUGAAUCUAUUCUACCGCGCCCAGAAACCUGCUGCUUUUACUCUCUGUUCCAAACGUACUAGACGACCAGUUCUUAUAGCCCUUAGCCGUGCCCUUAUCCUACUCUUCUGCACCUCUGGUGAUGUAGAGGUUAAUCCAGGCCCUGCAGUGCCUAGCUCCACUCCCAUUCCCCAGGCGCUCUCAUUUGUUGACUUCUGUAACCAAAAAAGCCUUGGAUUCAUGCAUGUUAACAUUAGAAGCCUCCUCCCUAAGUUUGUUUUAUUCACUGCUUUAGCACACUCUGCCAACCCGGAUUUCUUAGCCGUGUGAAUCCUGGCUUAGGAAAGCCACCAGAAACCCUGAAAUUUCCAUCCCUAACUAUAAAAUUUUCCGACAAGAUAGAACUGCCAAAGGGGGCGGGGUUGCAAUCUACUGCAGAGAUAGCCUGCAGAGUUCUGUCUUACUAUCCAGGUCUGUGCCCAAACAAUUUAAGCUUCGACUUUUAAAAAUCCACCUUUCCAGAAACAAGUCUCUCACCAUUGCCGCUUGCUAUAGACCACCUUUUGCCCCCAGCUGUGCCCUGAACACCAUAUGUGAAUUGAUUGCCCUCCAUCUACCUUCAGAGCUCGCACUGUUAGGUGACCUAAACUGAGACACGCUUAACACCCCGGCCAUCCUACAAUCUCAGCUUGAUGCACUCAAUCUCACACAAAUUAUCAAUGAACCCACCAGGUACAACCCCAAAUCCGUAAACACAGGCACCCUCAUAGAUAUCAUCCUAACCAACCUGCCCUCCAAAUACACCUCUGCUGUCUUCAACUAGGAUCUCAGCGAUCACUGCCUCAUUGCUUGCGUCCGUAAUGGGUCUGCGGUCAAACGACCACCCCUCAUCACUGUCAAAUGCUCCCUAAAGCACUUCAGCGAGCAGGCCUUUCUAAUCGACCUGGCCCGGGUAUCCUGGACGGAUAUUGACCUCAUUCCGUCAGUAGAAGAUGCCUGGUUAUUCUUUAAAAGUGCUUUCCUCACAAUCUUAAAUAAGCAUGCCCCAUUCAAAGAAAUUUAGAACCAGGAACAGAUAUAGCCCUUGGUUCACUCCAGACCUGACUGCCCUUGACCAGUGUAACAGUAUAACUUUAGACCGUCCCCUCGCCCUGACACGGGCGCGAACCAGGGACCCUCUGCACACUUCAACAACAGCGUCGUCACCCAUCGCUCCACUCUGCAGAGCAAGGGGAACCACUAUUUCUAGGUUCCAGAGCAAGUGACGUAACCGACUGAAAGGCUGUUAGCGCGCACCACCGCUAACUAGCUAGCCAUUUCACAUCCGUUACACCAGCACAAAAACAUCCUGUGGCGUACGGCAUUAGCAUCGAAUAGCCCCCGCGAUAUGCAACUUUUCAGGGAAGUUAGGAACCAAUAUACACAGGGAGUUAGGAAAGCAAAGGCUAGCUUCUUCAAACAGAAAUGUGCAUCCUGCAGCACAAACUCCAAAAAGUUCUGGGACACUGUAAAGUCCAUGGAGAAUAAGAGCACCUCCUCCCAGCUGCCCACUGCACCGAGGCUAGGAAACACUGUCACCACCGAUAAAUCCACAAUAAUUGAGAAUUUCAAUAAGCAUUUUACUACGGCUGGCCCUGCUCUCCACCUGGCUACCCCUACCCUGGUCAACAGCCCUGCACCCCCCACAGCAACUUGCCCAAGCCUCCCCCAUUUCUCCUUCACCCAAAUCCAGAUAGCUGAUGUUCUGAAAGAGCUGCAAAAUCUGGACCCCUACAAAUCAGCAGGGCUAGACAAUCUAGACCCUCUCUUUCUAAAAUUAUCAGCUGAAAUUGUUGCAACUAGCCUGUUCAACCUCUCUUUCGUAUUGUCUGAGAUCCCCAAAGAUGGGAAAGCUGCCGCGGUCAUCUCCCUCUUCAAAGGGGGAGACACUCUAAACCCAAACUGCUACAGACCUAUAUCUAUCCUACCCUGCAUUUCUAAGGUCUUCGAAAGCCAAGCUAACAAACAGAUCACAGACCAUUUCGAAUCCCACCGUACCUUCUCCGCUAUGCAAUCUGGUUUCCGAGCUGGUCAUGGGUGCACCUCAGCUACGCUCAAGGUCCUAAACGAUAUCAUAACCGCCAUCGAUAAGAGACAAUGCUGUGUAGCUGUAUUCAUCAACAUGGCCAAGUCUUUCGACUCUGUCAAUCACCACAUUCUUAUUGGCAGACUCAACAGCCUUGGUUUCUAAAAUGACAGCCUCGCCUGGUUCAGCAACUACUUCUCAGAGUUCAGUGUGUCAAAUCGAAGGGCCUGUUGUCCGAACCUCUGGCAGUCUCUAUGGGGGUGCCACACGGUUCAAUUCUCAGUCAGACUCUUUUCUCUGUAUACAUCAAUGAUGUCGCUCUUGCUGCUGGUGAUUUUCUGAUCUACCGCUACGCAGACGACACCAUUCUGUAGACUUCUGGCCCUUCUUUGGACACUAUGUUAACUAACCUCCAGACGAGCUUCAAUGCCAUACAACUCUCCUUCCGUGGCCUCCAACUGCUCUUAAAUGCAAGUAAAACUAAAUACAUGCUCUUCAACCGAUCGCUGCCCGCACGCACCCGCCCGUCCAUUAUGACUACUCUGGACAGUUCUGACUUAAAAUAUGUGGACAACUACAAAUACUUAGGUGUCUGGUUAGACUGUAAACUCUCCUUCCAAACUCACAUUAAGCAUCUCCAAUCCAAAAUUAAAUCUAGAAUCGGCUUCCUAUUUCGCAGCAAAGCAUCCUUCACUCAUGCUGCCAAACAUAUCCUCGUAAAACUGACUAUCCUACCGAUCCUUGACUUUGGCGAUGUAAUUUACAAAAUAGCCUCCAACACUCUACUCAGCAAAUUGGAUGCAGUCUAUCACAGUGCCAUCCGUUUUGUCACCAAAGCCCCAUAUACUACCCAUUACUGCGACCUGUAUGCUCUCGUUGGAUGGCCCUCGCUUUAUAUUCGUCGCCAGGUCAUCUAUAAGUCUUUGCUAGGUAAAGCCCCGCCUUAUCUCAGCUCACUGGUCACCAUUGCAGCACCCACCCGUAGCACGCUCUCCAUCAGGUAUAUUUCACUGGUCACCCCCAAAGCCAAUUCCUACUUUGGCCGCCUUUCCUUCCAGUUCUCUGCUGCCAAUGACUGGAACGAAUUACAAAAAUCCCUGAAGCUGGAGACUCAUGUCUCCCUCACUAACUUUAAGCACCAACUGUCAGAGCAGCUCACAGAUCACUGCACCUGUACAUAGCCCAUCCAACUACCUCAUCCCCAUACUGUUAUUUAUUUUUGCUCCUUUGCACCCCGUAUCUCUACUUGCACAUUCAUCUUCUGCAGAUCUAUCACUCCAGUGCUUAAUUGCUAAAUUGUAAUAAUUUAGCCACUAUGGCCUAUUUAUUGCCUUACCUCCCUUAUCUUACCUCAUUUGCACACACUGUAUAUUGACUUUUUUCCCUAUUGUGUCAUUGACUGUAUGUUUGUUUAUUCCAUGUGUAACUCUGUGUUUUUGUUGUUUGUGUCGCACUGCUUUGCUUUUUCUUGACCAGGUCACAGUUGUAAAUGAGAACUUGUUCUCAACUAGCCUACCUGGUUAAAUAAAGAUUAAAUAAAAUAGGUUUGAUAUUGUCAUUGACAAACUGAAGAACAGUAAGCCUAGCAAUGUAUGUAGUUAGCUGGUUUAAUAAUAAAAUGAUAACA